AUGGCGCUGGCCGCGCGCCUCUGGCGCUUUCUCCCCGCGAGGCGGGCCCCGGGCCCCCGGCCCUCGGCGGGCGCCGCCGGCGGGCGCGGCGGGGGCGGGCCGGGGCCAGGCCGCGGCCCGGAGGUGAUGGGAAACCCAGGAGCUUUCCAAAGAAGCCUUAUGUUCUCAGCCUUGUCUUACUUGGGGUUUGAAACUUAUCAGCUCCUUUCUCCAGCUGCUGUGGUUCAUGCUGCAGCCAAAGGCUUCCGAGUCGAAGAAAUCCUGCAGCAGGCAGACUACCUGUACGAGAGCGGAGAGACGGAGAAGCUCUAUCAGCUGCUGACCGAGUACAAGGAGAGUGAAGACGCAGAGCUGCUGUGGCGUCUGGCGCGGGCCUCCCGGGACCUCGCCCAGCUCGGCGGGACCUCGGCGGCGGAGAAGAAGGCGCUGGUGUACGAGGCGCUGGGGUACGCCCAGCGGGCGCUGGAGAAGGACCAUGCGAGCUCCGCGGCUCACAAGUGGUGUGCCAUCUGCAUCAGUGACGUGGGAGAUUACGAAGGCAUCAAGGCUAAAAUCGCAAACGCCUACGUCAUCAAGGAGCACUUUGAGAAAGCAAUUGAAUUGAACCCUAAAGAUGCUACCUCGAUUCACCUAAUGGGCAUUUGGUGCUACACGUUUGCUGAAAUGCCCUGGUAUCAGAGGAGAAUUGCCAACAUGCUGUUUGCAGCCCCUCCCAGCUCCACCUACGAGGAGGCCUUACGCUACUUUCAAAAGGCAGAACAAGUGGAUCCAAACUUCUACAGCAAAAACUUGCUUCUCUUAGGAAAGACAUACUUGAAGCUGCAGAACAAAAAGCUUGCCGCGUUCUGGCUCCUGAAGGCCAAGGACUAUCCGGCCCGCACCGAGGAGGACAAGCAGACACAGAGGGAAGCCGCACAGCUGCUCACAGAGUUCAAUAGCAGGAACUGA